AUGACGAUUAUGGAAGUGAAAAUGGGUCCAGAAACGCAUGCAUUUGUUCUCAGACGAGACAAAGCCCGGAUUGACCGCUCUGAGAUAUGGGCAUCCAGCGCAUCAAAGGAGGUCAGAACUGCUCGAAUAGAAAACAGAGACGCCGAAAAUAGUUAUUUCGAAGUCGAGGAAGGUUCAAUGUAUACAGCUAGAAUGGCAGAUUGA